AUGUUGAAAGGUGUCAAUCCCAAUUUCUACAAUUUCGCAGAGCAACAACUCAUCUCAGGGCUUAAUCUUACUCAGCGGGCUCAAUAUAAAGAUGUCAUCGAUGAGGCAAUCUACGGCUCUGAUGAAUUCCGCAUGUACGCGUACAAGAUCAAACGCUGCACAAGGAUGCGUAGCCACGACUGGACUGAGUGCCCCUUCGCCCACCGUGGCGAGAAGGCUCAGCGCCGAGACCCUCGCAAGGUGCCCUACACCGCCAUUGCCUGCCCUGCCUUCCGCAACGGAAGAUGCCAGAAAGGCGACGCCUGCGAGUUCGCUCACGGGGUGUUCGAAUACUGGCUACACCCUGCCAGGUAUCGUACGCGUGCAUGCAAUGCCGGGAGGUUUUGCCAACGUAAGGUUUGUUUCUUUGCCCAUACCCCUGACGAGCUCAGGUCCGAGAGCAAAUGCAAGUGCCAUUUUGGAUACAAGGGAAGGAUGAACGGUGAAGAUGAGCUGCUGAUGGGGAUUGGAUCAGGUGGCGGAGAUUGUUCCACCUCAAUGCAGGCACAUGAUUUUUCAGUGCCUUUUGCAUCAACGGUGAACAGGGAUUGCUGCUGCCUCGAAGGGUUUUCGGAUUUCUUGAGGAGGUUGAGGGCAUUCAAGAUCAUGGAAGAAGAGGAAAGGGAGAUGAGGAAUGGUGGUGGGUUUGAGGUGUCGGAUUCGGAUUUGCCACAUCUUGACUGGAUUUCUGAGUUGGUGAAAUAA